GAGGCGGCCGCUCCCCCGCCCCUGCUCGCGGAGUGCCAUCACUUCCGGCGUGUGCUCCUGGCGUCCUGCCGCCGCGGAAUGGCGGCUCUACGGAGUUGGCUUUCUCGGAGCGUAUCCUCGUUUUUCAGGUACAGACAGUGUGUUCCAGUCGUGGCUAACUUUAAGAAGCGCUGUUUCUCGGAAUUGAUAAGACCAUGGCACAAAACGGUGGCUGUGGGAUUCGGGGUCACUCUGUGUGCAGUUCCUAUUGCCCAGAAACCGGAGCCUCAUUCUCUUAGUAACGAUACAUUAAUGCGGAGGGCUGUGUCUUUGGUAACAGAUAGCACCUCUACCUUUCUCUCUCAGACCACAUAUGCAUUGAUUGAAGCAAUCACUGAAUAUACUAAGGCUGUUUAUACCUUAAUUUCUCUGUACCGACAAUACACAAGUUUACUUGGGAAAAUGAAUUCACAGGAGGAAGAUGAAGUGUGGCAGGUGAUUAUAGGAGCUAGAGUUGAGAUGACUUCAAAACAACAAGAGUACCUGAAGUUGGAAACCACCUGGAUGACUGCCGUCAGUCUUUCAGAGAUGGCAGCAGAAGCUGCCUACCAAACUGGCGCGGACCAGGCCUCUAUAACAGCCAGGAGUCAAAUCCAGCUGGUGAAAUCGCAGGUGCAGGAGGUACGCCAGCUUUCCCAGAAGGCAGAAACCAAGUUGGCAGAAGAACUCCGACAGAAAAUCCAGGAGGACGGGAAUGAGAGGGCCGAGCCAGAGGAGCAGGAGGCCUACCUGCGUGAGGAUUGAGGCCCCACAGUGCUGCCCGCGUCUGCCCGCUCAUCCUGGGGAAGGCAAGGGCAGACGCCACCCGGCCCCGGGUUAGCACGGCUUCCUCUGUACAGAGAGGCAGUGGCAGGUCCUGCCCGGGCCCAUCAGACCAGAGGUCGCUGUGAGUGCCUGACCCCUGUCCCCACCGUCUCAGGCUUGUACUGGACCUGGCUCUUAGCCCAUGAGCUAAAUAGCACCCUAUUUAACAUUUCACCCCACUCAGCAGAGUUACCCUCUCACCCAUCCAUGGAUCUUUUUACCUCCCACCCAGAGCAUUUCACCAACCUGGCCAGAGAGAGGGGGCCUUCUCUGUCAUGUAAGUUCAGUAGCUGUUUAACCUCAGUUUUCCCAUCUUAUUUACAUUUUCUAAUACGAUUCAGUAUUUGCUUCCUCCAUAGGGACGUGAGUUUGGGGGGAAAAGGGAAACUAUCCUGUUUAUAAGAUUUCUUUGUGUUGAGUGUUUCUAAUGCCUUCUGGCCUCAGUGCCCUGUAAGGAUAUUCUCAGGCUGAGGAGCCAGAAGUCCAUUGUUCUUAUGGGACUGAAUAUGGAGUGUUUACCUGGUGCUCACAACAGGAUUUACUCCAACACACGCUUCUCAUUUCCCUUUUUCUUGGAGUUUCUCUAUUGUAUCUGAAGGAAAAUAAUUUUUUUGCAUUUAAGAGAGAAAA